AUGGCCAAGAACAUGGAAUCUGCUCUGAGACAUUGCCGAAAGCUUGGAGACGUCGUCUGCUUCACAACCGUCGAACCACGCUCCAAUGACGCCUUCUCCUGGGCUUCACAUACUUCACCUAUCCAGAAUUCUGGUAAGAGAAUCCUGAGCAUUGGUGCCCUUGCGAACAGCUCGUCACAGCUUGCCUUAGCCCUACUAGGGAGAGCAAACGGCUAUUCCCACCCUCUUCGUACGUGUUUGGAGUCUUCGGCUGCCAGAAAGCUCCAGAACUCAAACAAAUCGAAAACAGCCUCAAGCUCGGGCUCAUCUCGGUUCACAAGAGAAAUUUUCAUUGUCCUCACCUUCAAUCGCCCUCAUCGCAAUUCUAUUUUCCUGUCUGUUGACUUGCAAGCCGCUUUUCGCUUCAGCAUAAGAUUCCUACAGCAUGAAUUAUGUGCACACUCCAUGUCCAGGCGGGCUCAUUCUAGGAUGAAUUCCCCAUCAUCUAUGUGGUGGGUACACAUCGCAAUUGCAAAACGAGUCAGAAUCUACGUGCCGCCCAUGCCAGACAGACUUGACAGCAGUCCCGGAACGAUUCGCUCCUUGAGGGCUGUAACCUCGCCUGUUCGCCUGAGGCCGCCACUGCAAAUCUGGAUGCGACGACUUCUCCUGAAGCUCACCAAAGCCCUUCUGUUUGACCAUAUGCAGGAGAGCGCAGAAACCGCACGUUCCUCAGCGAGAGGGAUGACCUCUCAGCGUACCAUGCUUGACAGCCUUCCCACUGCUAUCUCAUUUAGUCGAAACACUCCAUAUUUUCCGCCGGGACACCGCAGAUCACUCAAGUCCUAUGUAAUACACGACACAGACGCACACAAAGAGAUGGCACGUCCAAAAGCUAGGACUAUUUCGAGGCCCUUUGACCCUAGGCAUGUCGCUGGCGUAGGAAUACCUGGAGCCACCAUACCCAUUUCCGGAGUGCAGAGGUCACUCACUGGACUAGAAUCUGAGGACGCUGCUGCUGAGCCACGAGGGAGACCUUCAAGAGCAAACACCAUCGCGAAUAGUUUCAGCAGACCGAGUCUACGGCUCAAGACUUCGAUAUCGCGCUUAACCCGGUCUUCAUCCAACUCGCCAGACACCUAUCUCCGAAAACGCAACGCAUCAAAGGAACGGAAGGAAAACGAUUCACCACGGCAGAUGAUCCCAAAGCAACCACCUGUCAGGCCCAAAAGGGCCGACUCGGGCACGGCAAUCGAUUUAACCGAUGUGCCCAAGGACGAAAGACCUCUAGGAUUCCAGGAAAUAAUGGCGGUCAAAAGCUUUGCAGAAAGGAUGGCGCUGUACAAGAAGACGAGGGAUUACUGGGCAAGUGCGGACCACGGGCUAGAGGAAUGGGUUGAGAGGGCUGGCGCACAGCGACCUAUUGUCAUGCGAGUCUAG